AGUUGGCUAAAAAUCUAGAGACCCUGAUUGAGAGGACCCAGAUGUGGCCUAAUGGAGAUAAGAAGACAUCUCUCCCUGUUUCCUCCAGCCCCAUGACUGAGCCUGUGGAAGUGGAUGCUUUGAUGCCAGCUAUGCCGUAUGCCUCAGGUGUUAUGAAUGGGCAGUGGGUCAAGCAGGAAACUCUUACCCCGAAAUCUAAUGAGGCCUCCCACAGGAAUGGUCUCUUCACAGAGUUUAUUACACCUGAGCUUUUGGAGAGGUGUAAUACUGGCACUACUGCUCAGAAGUUGACCAAUGAUCUGUUGCGUGGACUGUACGAGAGAGACUGUUUGGCCUCCCAUUCGAUCUCUGGUGUGGUGUACAAUAAGAGGGGUCAACCCAAACCUGCCCUGCCUACUGAAGAGGUGCAGGCCAUCCUGAAAACCGUCCAGUAUUUCUUUCCUGGGAAAACUGAUGCUGAGAUUAAGGGCUACAUUCGUCAAAAAUUGCAAAACGAAGCAAAAAGAUUGAGGAAAAAACCUCCACUCUCUGCUCCAGAACCUAGAGCUCUGAGUCUAUCCAGCCCUAUAUCAAGUAGCCAUCAGGAUUUGAUUGGACAAAAAUCAAGUGUUUGAUUAGCAGUGAUUUUUUUUUUUUUUGUCACCAAAUACCCUAGACUUGUUCACUACUAAAUAUGAACAAGAGAUCAAGAGCUCUUGACCAGUACAAAUUAUGUUAAUUAUUUUGUUUGGACUGUCCUGAAAAAUGUUAUGAUCACUUGCAAUAGCUAUUCGUUGUUGUGAUGGCAUCGAUGUCAAAACGUGAAUAAAAGCAUUGGAAAUUAGUUCAGAUGGUCUCCAACUAUGAACACACUGAGUAAUAAGAUUAGAUAUUAAUGUGAGUCUGUACACAUUUUUCAUGUUUUGUAUUUAAUUGCCGUGUAGUAGCUACACUGCACAAUGACAGAAGGUGU